ACAAUUCCUAGCACUACUCAAAUCGGGUUACAGUAGGUGGUAGCAAUUGGACCCUUUUCUCUAAGAAGAUUCUUUGAUAUUUCGGUAUGAUAUAAUGGUUCGCAUAAUUUGUCCAUUACUUUUUCACAGCUAAUUUAGCACAAGGUACAAGAGAAAGUACAAAACAAUUUUCCAACGGUCAUAACUAUUACAGUACUGUUAGGGUAGGUAGUAUCCGUUGGGCCGUCUUUUCCUUUAAGGCUCUUUGUGAGUUCUAAUUUAACGGUUCUCAAUCUGAUUAGUUUUCGACUGCUUAGGAACCAUGCCAGCACAACCUACGCAUUAUAUACAGUCGAUGAUUUUAACGCCUUUUAUAACGGUUUUUACACCAUGUAACGAAAUAAUAGUUUUGUCUUUAAUGGGGCGUGGUUAAACACCCACACACACUCCUUCCACACACACACACACACACACACAAUCACACACGCAUAUCUCCACCGCAGCUCACAAAGCGCAGACCCUCCAAAAGGAAACAACUGUAGCCUCCGGAGAGGAAAUGAAGAGGCGGCUGCACAAGAAAUACCUGGUUUUGAUCCUGGCAUACACAGGUUUACUUCUGCUAAUCCCCUACGUGUUGGAUUACGGAGAUAAAUCGGUGCACCACAAUAACAAACUGCGGCAGCAACAGCCCAGAUGCCCAGAUUUGGAGAAGCUUUGGGAUGAUAACGGUAACGCAUCGGAGCAGCACGCCGUCAACAGGAGCCAAACUCGGAUACACAUUUACCUUCAUGCCACCUGGAGAACCGGAUCCUCGUUCCUGGGGGAGUUGUUCAACCAGCACCCCGAUGUCUUCUACCUGUAUGAGCCCAUGUGGCACAUAUGGCAGGCUCUGUACCCGGGGGACGCUGGAAGCCUGCAGGGCGCGGUGCGGGACAUGAUGAACGCCUUGUACCGGUGCGACUUCUCCGUGCUCAAGCUCUACGCGGGCUCUCAGAACAUCACCACCUCCUUCAUAUUCGGCUGGAAGAUGAACAAGGUGAUCUGCUCCGAGCCGCUGUGUGAUGCUCACAAGAGGCACGACAUCGGGCUGGUGAAGGAGGAUCAGUGCGCAAAGUGCAAGAAGAGGGACAUCAGAGAUCUGGAGAGGGAGUGUAAGAAGUACCCGGUGAUGGUGAUCAAAGGAGUCCGUGUUCUGGAUCUAAGCACGCUGCUUCCUCUCAUGAAAGACCCGGUGAUCAACCUGCAGAUCAUCCAGCUCUUCAGAGACCCGCGGGCCGUGCACAACUCCCGGCUGAAGUCCAAGCAGGCCCUGGUGAAGGAGAGCAUCCAGGUGCUGAGGAGCAAGAAGCACACGGAUAAAUACAAGCGGCUGCUGGUGCCGAACAACAGGGUGAACCGGGCCGAGAGCUACGUCUCCAGCGCCAUGGAGCUCAUCUGCGACAACUGGCUGAGCGACAUGAUGCUGGUGCUGAACGCCCCCCCCUGGGUGAGGAGGAACUACCUCCGGGUCCGCUACGAGGACCUGGUUCUGCAGCCCAUGGAGGAGCUGCAGAGGCUCUUCCUCUUCUCAAAUCUCACCAGCUCCCCGGCGCUGGACCGCUUCGCCCUCAACAUGACGCACGGACACGGAUACUCCUCCGACAAACCCUUCCUCAUCUCCUCCAGGGACGCCAAGGAAGCCAUUUACGCCUGGAGGGAGAGGCUGAACGUGGAGCAGAUCAACCAGGUGGAGGCGUACUGCAGCGAGGUGAUAAGGCAGCUGGGCUACGAUAAGAACAGCGGGGACAAAACCACAUGAAGAGGUGCAACGCAGGUGA